GGCGCUGCGCUGCUCCUCGGCUCCGGCAGCAGACAGACAGUCGGGAUGUGGAGUGUGAUUGUCGGAGCUGCCUGGGACAUGUCCGAGUAGGAAACCUUGCUUUAUCACCGCCAACAGCGUCAAAACCCCGUGUCGAAGAUGGGGCAGUGCGGCAUCACGUCCUCGAAGACGGUGCUGGUCUUCCUGAACCUGAUAUUUUGGGCUGCUGCUGGCAUCCUGUGCUAUGUUGGAGCCUAUGUCUUCAUCACAUAUGAUGACUACGAUCACUUCUUCGAAGAUGUGUACACGCUCAUACCAGCAGUGAUCAUCAUUGCUGUUGGAGCCCUCCUUUUCAUUAUUGGGCUCAUUGGAUGCUGCGCUACAGUGAGAGAGAGCUACUGUGGACUUACAACGUUUGUCGUCAUUCUCCUGCUGGUUUUCAUGACGGAAGUGGCGGUGGUGGUUCUCGGAUAUGUUUACAGAGCAAAGGUUGAAGAUGAAGUUAAUGGCUCCAUUAUAAAAGUUUAUGACGAGUACAACGGCACCAACAGCAACUCCCAGAGCCGAGCCAUCGACUACGUUCAGAGACAGCUUCAGUGUUGUGGGAUCCACAAUUACUCAGACUGGCAGCAUACGCGCUGGUAUGAAGAAUCAAAAAAUAACAGCGUACCCGUCAGCUGCUGCAAAGCCAGCAUCGGAAGCUGCACGGGGUCCCUCACUCGUCCAGAAGAUCUUUACCAAGAAGGUUGUGAAGCUCUGGUUGUGAAGAAGUUGAAGGAGAUCAUGAUGUAUGUCAUCUGGACUGCUUUGACAUUUGCUGCCAUCCAGAUGCUGGGGAUGCUGUGUGCGUGUGUCGUGCUGUGUCGCGGAAGCAGAGAUCUUCCCUACGAGCCUCUGGUUACAGGGGGCACCUAUGCAUAAAGGAGAACACGUUUCUCACCACGACACUCAGAAUUUACGUGUCGUCGGCGAGAGCAUGAAAAUAAUCUAUUACCACACUAACCUUAACACACUAACCAUGGCAAUCCUAUAUAUUUUACCUGUUUUUCCAAAAAAAGCUGUUGGCCACACUUAUAAAAGCCCGACGAGAAUGAGACGUUGAAAUCGAUCUUUUGCUCGGAGGAUAGCGCGAGGGUACGUGUGACCUCAUUCUUACCAAACCUUGUUAGUCAUGUAUGGCAUUAAAUUUGGACAGGGUAAUUUCCUCAUGUUAGUUUGCACUGUGUGUAUGGCGAUUUUAUUUUUAAAUCUGUCAUGUACUUAAAUAAGAGACUGUAUAGUUUGACCUUGGACCUCCACGGCUAUUGCUAUUGCUACUACUAUUCUGCUACUACUACUACUACUACUACUAGCUCAGUUAUGGUUGAAACUUUACCUUUCACCAGCAGCAUUCUGUCAAAUAAUGGUCAACGUCACAGCCCAAGUAAACGGCACAGGAUAUUUUUGUGUGUCAACUGUGUAUUUUAACUGGCUUUUGCUUGUCUGAGCUUUAUUUUAAGAAUCAAACGUUUAGUAUGGGGGAGGGAGGGUGUAUCUGAAGUGAUGUUGCAUUCUCAACUUAAGGUAGACUUUAUCUCUUCACUGUUUUGGUUUGUUUUUGUCUCAACAGUCUACUGAUGGUAGUUUUAGAUUCUGAUUUGCUGAUAUGUAGCAGUGGGAAGACAUAAGAAUGUAAAUAAAAUGUAAGGAUGGUAAAGGGUGGAAAUUAAAUUAAAUAUGUUUUCUGGUUUA